AUGCCCAUUCCAGCAGCUGGAGGGAUUGGGGGACCGUCCACCCUUGACAAGUUCAAGAUGGGCGCAAUGAUGGGAGGCACCGUCGGUGUUAUCAUUGGCUUUAUUUUCGGAUCUGUCAACAUCAUGCGAUACGGUGCAGGGCCAAAUGGAGUGAUGAGAUCGCUAGGACAGUAUAUGGCUGGAUCUGGAGCUACCUUUGGUUUCUUCAUGGCUAUUGGCAGCACAAUUCGAACAGAUUCUACUUCACAGCAGGCAAUGGAAGCCUUCGCUCGAGCCCAACGUCGCCCAAUCGUUAUGCCACGGCAGCCAUAUCGACCAUCGAAGCAGUGA